AUGGCAGUUCUGAUCUCCCAUCAGCAGCCAUCUGUAACCUGUAAGUACCAAAAUAUGUGUCAUUCCAGAAGUUGCGUCCAACACGUAGACGGUCUUUUCCCAACAUUACGCUGCCUAGCGACGAAGCAGUCUCAACUCGCAACCCUACCUACAAGAUCCAAGGUAUGUAUCACAAAGGUUUAAAAUGUUCACUCAAAAUAUUAUAAACGACUGAAAAAUCCUUUGAUUAUUAUAACAAGCCAUAACUUUAAUUUUAAUGAUCAUGUUACUGAGCACUACAAAAAAGAUGAAUUUCGUGUUUUAAUGGAAUAGAAAUCCAAGAGGCCAUGUCUGAAACAAUGGUUAUGUACUGAAUACUUUGUAGAGCAAAACUACAAGGAGGAACGAACAUCAAGGAUUAAACGCGGAAUUAAUAUCAGCAUUCAGUUGUAAGAACCAAGGGGAAGGUCUUGCUUGUAUUCUGAGUUAAUUUUCUUGAGAAACCUUACAUUAAGGUCAGAAAAUCCUUGAUGUCAGUGAGCAGAAGAGCAACACGCAAGUCUCGUCAACUGUUACAUGGUGAUUCAGUGAACGAGCCCGCUUGGUUGACCAUGGGUAAGUGCAGGAAAAAGGUCUACGAAUGCGUUAAAAAAAUAUAAUCAGGAAAGAGGCGGACUCCGGCUAUUUUCUGUCAAAGUUUUAGUGAUUUUGCUUGCAGUCUUGUUUCCUUUUUCUAGAGAGGUGAAGGAACUGUUGGUGAGGCACCGUCAUGAGUAGAGGGUUGGACAAAUGAUUGACACCCAUUGAUUAUGAUGAUUAUCUUGCCGGUGACGACAAUGAUGAUAAAAACGACGAUAAAGCAACGGUGAUGUUAGGAGCAAACGAUGACGAUGGUCGUUAUCAUGAAGAUAAAUCUAUGACCUUUUUAAACAGGUGAAACAUACAUUGAAUGUUAAACUAGAAAUACGCGUAUCGGAAGAACCUCGCGGGGCUCAAGGCAACCUCUUUCCCAGAAUCCCCUUGGGGGACGAGUAGGAAGGGAAAACUGUGAACGAGGUUGGGGUGGGAGUUGGCAGGGCCCAAGGUUGGGAGGGCGGAGAGAAAUAAAGUAAAUUGUCCAGUUAAAUACCUAGAGUAACACAACAUCAGAGGCAAAAGGAAGUUGAGUUUUUUUCCCGAUAGUUCGGAGGGUCUUGGCGUUCUUCUCGGAGAAUUUAAAGGCGAGUAGGGAUAAAUUAAAAAUAAUGACAUGCGAAUGAAGCACAUGAUGGACUCAUUUGAAGCACAAAAGAAAAAAAUGGCAAAAAAAAUAAAUGUAGAUAAAUGGAACAAAAAUGGAACAAGAAUGAAAAUGAAAACAAGAAGUGAAUUAAAGAAAUGAAAACUGUAUUGAAAGAUAAAAUAAAAUAUCUAUACAUAAUAAAUAUAAAAAAUGAUUAAAUUGAAAUUAAAGCCCAAUAAAUGAUGUAAUAAUAAACAUAAUAAAAAUAAUGAUUACGAUUAUGAUAAUAGAAGGGAAAAUUACUAGAUUGAUUUUUGAAGACGUAACUGCAACGACUAAUUGAAGCAGUCACGUUUUACGUAUAAAAAUCAGUAGGCUUUAGUUUCAAAGUCAUUUUUGUUUAAUUAUUUUUAUUUAUUUAGUUUUUUGUCCCAUCCUUUUGUGCAAAAAAAUAUUAUUUUUAAGCUUUAUCCCUAUUUAGCCAUACUGUUUUGAGUUCAAAGUUAGCUUAAUGUAUCAAAUUGUACCACUUUCAUGGUAUAUGAGAACUACCUGACAAUCUUAAAUACCUGGAAACGCCCAGUUCUCUUUUGCCGGCUUUGCUGUUUUGUUAUAAUGAAAUUAUAGCGGAGCUCCUUGCGCGCGCGAAGCACCAUAACUAAAAGAAACUAUCCAUCCGAGAAAUUUUGGUUAUGACGUCAGCGUACGUCCGUCCGUACGGACUUUCCGGGUAGUGGCAAGAAGUCCGCAUCGACUCUUGGGGUAGGGGAAAGUAGAGAUUUUUUGGCGGGAAAUCGCAUGGCGCAACGUCGCGCAGUAUCGCGCAACUGGUUUUGAAAAAAGAAAUUUCAAAGCAACUUAGCAAAAAGAUUUUUCGACAGAGCCUUUAUAACUUUUUAUUACAACUUACGAAAGCUAUUAUGUCAACAAACAACAGCAGAGAGAUUUUAGCGUGUAGAUGACAGGUUUUAAGCAGAGAGCAAAGAGAAGGUGAACGGCAGAGAGCAAGAGUCAACUCCCGUAGAACAAGCGAAGACGAUCGCCAAAGAGAGCGCGUUAGAAGUAGAAGAAGAAGACAACAUUUUAGCGAAGAAAGUCGGCAAGUAGAAAGAGUCAGAGCGAGAAGAAGGAGAGAAAAUUAUAGUGAAAAACGCCGGCAAACAGAACGAGACAGAGCUAGAAUGAACAGACAAAGGCAACGCGAAAGAGAAAUACAAAGCCAAAGAGAACGGCAGCAACAUAAUGACAUGAUGACAGAAAGUGUUGUGUUAAUGUCACUAUGGCCCCGCGUUAUUAACA